AUGGCACCCAACAAUACUGCCCACAUGCCGCCAUCAGGAGUAGAUCUACAAGAUGAAGACGACGGCGACGACUUGGAGGUAGACGAUCGAAAAAUCGCGGCGUUGGUGCGUAGCUUGAGCGGUCAACGAUUGGACAUGGAGACCACGAGACCACCGAGACAAUCGUCAGCUGGCGUCGCCCUACAAGAGGGACGGGCGAAUCCUCUGCGACGCGCUGCGACAACCUCUUCUGCCGUGCCUUCCGGUAGUACGGAGGUCCUCGAGCAGAAAAAGAUCAUUAGCCGGCGGAUGCGUCGAGCCACCAUCUACGCUCCGCCCGCAAAUUUACCGGUAGCACCGCAUAAGAGAAAGUCCUGCACGAAUGGCUCGAUAUCGACGGCACAAGCACCCGAUGUCUGCUUACUGCUCAUCUUGGGCGGGGCUUCCUUCAAGAGUGACACCGAUUCCUUCGUUGGCGUUACGAAUGAACGGAUCCGAUCCUACUCGUUGGAAAUCUCUCAGGCCAUUCGCAACAACGAACUGCCUCUGAUUCGGAAACUAUUUUCCAGUGGCGCCGCCAAUGUCGAUGGCUGUACGAAUCACGGAGAAAGCACAGUCCAUCUAGCCGCGCGGUUGGGGAGACUCGAUAUCCUCAAAUUCCUCGUGGACGAAGCGGGAGUUUCCCUCCGCGUCAAAGAUGACAAUGGCCGGACUCCACUGCAUGACGCCUGUUGGACCAACUCGGACAACUUUGAGCUCAUACACUUUCUGCUGGCCCACUCUCCGGAUCUCUUGUUUGUCUUUGAUAAGAAGGGUUACUCGGCGUUUCAGUAUAUCCCACAAAAGUGCUGGGGGGAAUGGAGUCAGUUCCUACACUCGCAUGCGGCCUUUCUUCGUGAAAAGGUCAACGACUGUCGACACCGCAAGACCAAAGAUCAACUGAGUGAUGCACAGAAACGUGUACAAGCUCUGCUCCUCAAGGCGAGUCAGUUUGGCAUUGGAAUGGAAGGGAUUCAAUGUGCUACCAGUGCCUAA